AUGGAGAAAGAGAACAUUGCUAAUCCUUUUAGUACUGAACAACGGUGUAUCGUUGACAACUCUGAUCAACUUGCAGUAAUUUGGAUUACGGAUAUUCCACGUUCGGCGGUGCCAAGGCCCUUGUGUGGUGUUCUCUUCCCUUUCGGGCAAAAUCCAGAGGCGAGUAUGAAACCCCUCCAGCAGGCCGAGUGGUUUUUGAACAAUGGAGAACAUUUGCAGGAAGGAAAUCGCUGGAUCAGGACGUCCAGAGCGAACGACUUGUCCAGAAAGGAGCAAUAUCCUGACGAGUGUAAACGUUUAGUGGACAUACGUCCACUAUUCCACGUUCGGCAGUGCCAAGGCCCUUGUGUGGUGUUCUCUUCCGUUUCGGGAAAAAUCCAGAGGCGACAGACGUCGGACCUGGACACCUUGCUGUGUAGACAGGAGUUGGACAGGCUGCAGCGACUAGACGAGGAUGACGCGGAUAAGGACCCCAGGGAAGCGUCCAGCCACAUGGAGGACUUCUUCGAGGUGGCGGCGGCUUGCCGGCCCCAGGCAAGCUUCGUCUCCUCGAGGAGUCAACCUGCCGGGAACGACGACGACGUCUUCCUCAGGCCACCCCUCUGGGAGGACAUCACCUCCAGCAUCCAGAAGCUGGACCCUGAGAACGCCGACAUGUUGGGCUCCCAAUCCCACAUCAAGAUGGAGACCGAGGACCCCACGUCCCCGGUCCUCUCUCCCGUGGAGAUCAAGACCGAACCCUUGCCUCCAUCCCCCACGUUGCACCUCCUCGAAGGACCUACCUCCAAACCCAUCCAAAGCUUCGCCAACAGGUCCGCACCCCAACCCGUUGUCCAUCACAGGACCAACGCGUUCAAGACCUUCUCCCCAAACCACAACGGGAGCAAUAGCAACCCUAGUGGGAACGGGAACGGCAAUGGGGCCGGCAACAACAAUGGCUCUCCGACGAACCAUCACCCAGCCAAUCAGCAGGCGACUGGCAAUGCCACGUCUCCGCUUUAUGGCUCGAUGACCAGGCUGAUGUACGUCUCGCCAUUGACACCUCCCAUUUCCGAUCCAGGGUCUCCACUUGGCGGACCCCCGCGAAGAACCCCUCCUCCACCCUACCCACAACCACCCAUCCUCAAUCCACCACACAGGAUUCAGGCCCCAACCAUCACCAAGUUCAACAGGCGGAACAAUCCCGAGCUGGAGAAGCGGCGGGUGCAUCAUUGUGAUUUUAUAGGUUGUACAAAGGUCUACACGAAGAGCUCGCACCUGAAGGCACAUCAGCGGAUACACACAG